GACACAACAACUACGGAAGGAGCAAGAAGCCGAGGUGGACUCCGGCGAGCCGACGGAAUCCACACAGCCGCCCAAGCGGCCAAGGCCAGAGCCGAACCCGCUGAUUGCAUCCCGCCAGUCAGCAGCCUCGAAUCCUCGACGACAACAACGACCACCCAAGGGCCAGAGCCUCUCCGCGGAGGCCAGACUCAUGGCAAAGCUGUUGAUCUAUCACGAGGACCAGCUGGCUGCCCAGCGGAUGGACAAGGACUUCGUCCUCUUCAUGAGGCAGGACUAUGCCAGCAUAAUCCCCAACCUCCAUGCCAUUUCGGUGGAGUGGCAUGCCAAGAAAGAGGAGGGAGUCGAGGGCCUCACCUCCUCGCUUCGCACUCUGCUGUUGGCGUGUUUGGUCAAGGAAAUGCUUGCCCGGGUUCAGAAAAUGGCCUCGACUCAGGAGGGACAAGAAAAACUCCAACGAACGAAGUGGAUGGAUCUCGACCAACAGUGGACCUUUCUACGAUGGUGUCACAAAACAAAGAAGCUCGUGGUCGACGACAACAAGCCGAGCCUGAGCCACACGGAGCUGGUGCGACAGCUCACCUUCCUGCUCGAGAACCUUCGCGGCGACGUGAUCCACAAGUUUCACAGCACCAAAGGCCUGGAUCAGGUGGAAGAAAAUGCAUCCAACCUUCCAUCCGUGACCUUUUUGCUGGGCAUCUCCCUACGGGGAGAACGAGCUCACGAGAUGCACGAGGUUCUGUGCAAGCUGCUGGGCUGUUCGGCCUGGCUGCUGAUCGGAGUAUCAAUGAAGCGGGAAGGCCUUCAGCGAGCACCAGCGGCCAAGCAAUUGGCCAAGAUGCUCUACGGCAAGUCCUUCUUGGGGGCAUGGCAAGGACGUAGUUUGGAUGAUGAUGCAGUGAUGCAGAGGACUGAGGAGUUUCGGCAAGCACUGAUGCAGAAAGCUCCAUGGCUUUUCCUGCAGCUGCCACGCUUCAGGCUUGGCAGGUGCCAACCUUUCGUGACAACCAUACCAUGGCAGUUCAGUGGCCAUUACUAUGUGGUGACUCCGGGCCAGAGGGGAUAUCUUGCCCUUGACGACGACAAAAAGCCUGCUGAUGAGAUGCUCAACAUGAUCUUCACAGUUCUAGCCAGCAAGAAGCAACAGCCCCUACAGCCAGCGGCCAUGGCUUCCAUCUGGUUGAGGUACAUGGACCUCCACGGCGAGGAAUGGAUUGCCAGUCAGAUUUACCUGCUGGAAGUGCAUCUCCGUCAGAUGUGCCAAGAUAUGGGAAUUCUGCAGCAACGCCACAACAGCCUACAGUAUCAGAUCUCCCUUCUCAUGCGCAACCAGCGCCACCUGGCACAGCAGCUCGCGUCGAAAAGCUCGCCCAACAAGUACAGACAAACCCCGCAGCUGAUUGACUUGAACGAGUUGGAUGACUGA